AUGUAUGUGGAAGCAGUAGAAUACACAAGUGAUAGGGUGAUGAGGAUUUGGCUGAGGACAAGGAAUGUAGUGAAGGACUUCAUCCAAGUAUAUGCACCACAAACAGGAAAUAAAGAAGAGAACAUAGAGGAUCUUCUAGAGGUAUUAAAGAGUAUAAUUACAGAUGUGGAAGCAAUAGUAAUGGGUGACCUAAAUUGGCAGGUAGGCAAAGAAAGGCUAGGGAAGGAGGAGAUAAUUGGCUCAUAUGGAUAUGGGAGGAAAAAUGAGGAAGGAGAGAAACUGGUUGAUUUCUGUGAAAGAAAUGGGCUGAUUGUGGGCAACACAUGUUUCUGUAAAAAGAAUAGCCAAAAGAUAAUGAGAUAUGGAUGGUGUGAUAGACGGAUGAAGAUAGUCAUUGAUUACCUUCUGGUGGAAAAGAAAAAUCGGACACAGUUGAUGGAUGUAACUGCACUCCCAAGAGAGGCUUUUGAUGGAGACCAUCGAGUGGUGGUGGCAAAGAUGAGAUUUGAUGAACUGAAAGACAUAAAGGAAGAAAGGGGUAGGAAAAUAAACGUGUGGAAACUAAAGGAUGGCAUGAUACAAGAAAAGUGUUACUUAAAGAUAAAAUCCCUAACACCAAGAAUAGCAAUGUUGAAGAGGAAUGGGUUGAUGGAUAGACGUUGGGAGUUCGGGAAAGCAUAUGACAGUUUUAUCAGGGAAAAGGUAUGGGCAACCUUGAAGAGAAAGGGAGUUGAAAAGCAAACACUCGAAGUCAUCCAGGCAAUGAAUGAAAAUGCUAUAGAUGCUAUAGUUGUGUGCAGACACCAGUUGGAAGAACUGAAUGGAUUAAGAAUGUUACGGGACUAA